GACAGGAGGACCAGCAGCAGCAGCAGCAGCAUGGCCGAUGUCAGCCAGUCAAAGUCACCACUCUACGGGUGAAUGAUACAAUUGCUUACAAGUUAGUGUCCGCAUUACGCUAUAAAGUUAACAUACGGCCACCGUGACGCAUUUGCUGUACUAAAAAAUGAAAGUAAGCACUUGUGUAGCAGCGAGCUAACGGUUAGCUUGCGUUAUCUAACCCAAUGUUUGGCUAACUUUAAUGCUUAAAGGUGGGUUCGGGGAAUAUACCAUUUUAGGCUUAAAAAAUAAUAACCAGGGGAAGUUUUCCAUAGCAUUGGAAUUGGUGCCGGUGUAAAAUGAGCUCUCUGAGCCCCCAAGUAGUGUGAUUCAUGAGUGCGCUUCAAGGCAUCGGCGUAUAGUCCUCGGGCAUGGGGAAUGGAGUCCAGGAUCAACAUGCAGCACUCACCCAGAGAGAAGUGCUGCCGCCGGCCUCCACUCAGUCAGAAGGCCUGAAGCAGACUCGCUCCGUCAUCAACUCGCUUUUCUCGGGGGCUUUAGCGGGAGCUGUGGCCAAAACAGCUGUCGCUCCAUUGGACAGGACUAAAAUUAUCUUUCAAGUGUCUUCAGCAAGAUUCUCUGCAAAAGAGGCCUACAGGUUAAUCUACCGCACAUACCUUCAAGAUGGCUUCUUCAGUCUGUGGAGGGGCAACUCUGCCACUAUGGUGCGAGUCAUCCCGUAUGCCGCCAUCCAGUUCUGUGCUCACGAGCAGUAUAAAAGUCUCCUGGGAGACUACUAUGGCUUUCAGGGGAAGGUCCUCCCACCACUUCCGAGGUUACUGGCUGGAUCAAUGGCAGGCAUCACUGCAGCCAUGUUGACGUAUCCUCUGGACAUGGUGCGAGCUAGGAUGGCUGUUACACCAAAAGAAAUGUACAGCAACAUCCUGCAUGUGUUUGUGCGGAUCUCCCGGGAAGAGGGACUGAAGACCCUGUAUCGAGGUUUCACACCCACCAUACUAGGUGUGGUCCCCUAUGCGGGUCUCAGCUUCUUUACCUAUGAGACGCUGAAAAAGCUUCAUGCAGAGAGAAGUGGGCGUGCACAGCCCUACUCGUAUGAACGGCUAGCCUUUGGGGCCUGUGCGGGCCUCAUCGGUCAGUCGGCGUCUUACCCUUUGGAUGUGGUACGCCGGCGCAUGCAGACAGCAGGGGUCACAGGUCACACUUACGGCACCAUCCUGGGCACCAUGAGGGAGAUCAUGUCUGAGGAGGGUGUUAUCCGAGGACUCUAUAAAGGCCUCAGUAUGAACUGGGUCAAAGGGCCCAUUGCGGUAGGGAUCAGCUUCACAACCUUUGACCUCACUCAGAUUCUUCUGAGGAAGCUGCAUGAGAUGGGCUACGCGUCCCGGUAAUGGUGAGAAAACACGGUACUUCUGGAUGUUACAAUUUCACAGGGAAUGGGGAAGAGUGUAUGUGGAAUGUGUAUUGCGCCAAUGGAGGCAAACACACGCUCACAACAAGUGGAUAAUGUGUCCUUACUGUGCUUCCUGAAGAUGUGACUAAGCUUCUGUAUGCUUCUGUAAGCGCUCUUGUCAUGUGCAUCAAAGUGCAUUAUGCUCUUUUUUUUUUAUCCGUACAUCUCUGGGCACUAAAGUUAGACUGUGAGCGUAAAUGUUACAUCACGCCAACGGGCUUCUAGCUACCUUGUCUGCGUAAAGGGUCACCUUCCAAUGCAAUGCAAACUGACAUUUAAUUACUGUCCAUGUUACACGGUCGAUAAUAUAUGAGAUUACACCAUAAAUAGGGUUUAUGUGAAAGAUGUAAUGGAUAAUGAGGUGUUGAAAGGAGAAUGUAACUCCAGUAUGUGCCCAAAGUGACCUAAACAUUCAGUUCAGUGUUUGCUUCCAACGACUUAUGGUGCAACUCAAUAAAUGACAGGGUGUGCACGGUCGUGAAAAAACAGAAAAAGUUAUGAAUUUUGAAAAUGUGUUUUUUCCAAGUCACGGAAAUAUUGCGUGGAUAACAUUUAGGAUGACUCUUUGUCACAACACCGUCUGUCCUUAACGUGCUCCCUUUUGGCUUCGACCCUCAGCCAAAUACCGCGCACAAGUUCGAAUCAGGUGAGUAAAACAAUAAAAUACAGUCCCCUCCAAAAGUAUUGGAACAGCAAGGUCAAUUCCUUUGUUUUUGUUGUAUACUGAGGACGUUUGGGAUUCAGAGCAAUAGAUGAAUGAGACAAAAGUUCAGAAUUCCAGCUUUUAUUUCAUGGUAUUUACAUCUAGAUGUGUGAAACAACUCAGGAUAGAGGACCUUUUGUUUGAAGCCACCCACUUUCAAGUGAGCAAAUGUAUUGGAACGUGACUGAUAGAUGUUUCUAGUUGCUUAGGUGUUGCCUUCUAGGUUGAUUGCUUAAACAUUAGAUAGUGCUUUUUUGGGGGCUUUGGGUUUCACCUGUGAAAACUGCAUUUGCCGUUAAGCAAACAUGAAGACCAGAGAGCCGUCUAUGUGAGAAAAGCAAACCAUUUUGAAACUGAGAGAAGGGGAAAUCAAUCUGAGCUAUUGCACAAACAUUGAGCAUAGCCAAUACAACAAUUUGGAAUGUCCUGAAAAAGAAAGAAACUACUGGUGUACUGAGCAACAGACAUAGAACAGGUCGGGCAAAGGUAUCAAGAGCAGUUGAUGACAGAAACAUUGUGAGAGCUGUGAAGAAACACCCAAAGAUAAUAGUCAGUGACAUCACUGCCAACCUCCACAGGGAAGGGGUGAAGGUAUCACCACCCACUGUUCGAUUAAGACUUAGAAAUAUACAGCCCAUACCACAAGAUGCAAACCACUCAUCAGCGAAAAUGAAGGCCAGAUUGGAUUUUGCAAAGUACAGAUAUGAGCCACAAAAGUUUUGGAACAAAGUUUUAUGGACUGAUGAGACCAAGAUUAACUUCUACCAAAGUGAUGGCAAGGCCAAAAUAUGGAGAAAGAAAUGAUUGGUUUAUGAUCCAAAACACACAAGCUCAUCUGUUAAGCAUGGUGGAGGUAAUGUCAUGGCUUGGGCUUCCAUGGCUGCUUCUGGAACGGGCUCACUAGUCUUUAUUGAUGAUGUAACUCAUUAUGGUAGCAGCAGAAGGAAUUUUGAAGUCUACAAAACCAUUUUGCCUGGCAAUUUUACAGAAAAAUGCAUCCAAACUAAUCAGGAGAAGCUUCAUCAUGCAACAAGACAAUGACACACACUGCCAACACAAUAAAGGACUUAUAUCAGGAAUAAAGAGUGGAACGUCUUAGACUGGCCAAGUCAAUCACCGGACCGUAACCCAAUAGAGCAUGCAUUUUACCUCCUGAAGAGGAGACUGAAGGGAGAAACCCCCAGAAACAAACAAGAACUGAAAGAGGCUGCAGUAAAGGCUUGGAAAAGCAUUUCAAGUGAGGAAUGUCUGUCUGGCGAAGUCAAUGGGUCGCAGGCUUGAUGCAGUUAUUGCAAGUAAGGAUGAUGCCAACAAAAUAUUAAAUGUUAUUCACUUUAAGUUAAUUUAAUAAUGUCUGUUCAAAUACCUUUCCUCAUUUGAAAAGUAGGUGGGUUCAAACAAAAGAUUCUCUGUCCUGAGUUGUUUAACAUAUCUAGAUGUACCGGUAAAUACUAUGAAAUGAAAGCUGGAAUUCGGAAGUUUUGUCUUCAUCUUUUGAUCUGAAACCCAAGUGUCUUCAGUAUACAACAAAAGCAAAGGAAAUGACCUUGCCGUUUCAAUACUUUUGAAGGGGACUGUACGUCUUUUGCCAACAUUGAGGCAGUUAAGUUAAACUGCAACUAAGACGGUGGGUCAACUCAAAUGCAAAUAACGAGCUAACACUGGCAUAUGUAUUUACACUGCAAUAGAGUCCAGAGCGCUCAAGAAGAAAUAGAAAAUGGGUGAAUGAAAAUAAAGUAUAGCUUUAAAGCAAAUAUCCUAGCUAGAGGAGAGAAAACUAACAUUUUAUCAUAUAUUUUUGUUCGAGCUGCAUUUUAAGUAUGGGCCAACAAAAUGAAAAGAUGCCAAGUGUGAAGAGUGCCCAUGUUAUUUCAUCAUCAAGGUUGCACUGUAUCAUAUAGAUUUUCCAUCAUACUUUUCAUUUAACCAUCUGACAUUAGUGGUCAUAAGCUAUACAGAAGGUGAUGAUUUUUUUAUGAUUGACUCAUUUUAUAGACAUGAAGCACACAUGAAGAGGGAAGUGAAUAAUCAUUAGAGAAUUAUUGUGUGUUUUGCCUCGGUACAUUAUCACAUUUAAAUUUGUAUGUGUGUUGUGAUUGUUGGCCAGUUUCUGUUAAAGGCAAACUCAGGCCAGAUAUUUGAGUAGACUGAGCAGGAGGGGGCAGUGGAGUGUCUUUUAAACAUGAGACAAUCUUAACUUAGCAGCUGGUUAACACCCCUCUAAGUAUUUAUUGCAUGACACGACAUAGUGAAAUGUGACUAUAUCUGAAUAAUAUAUAAACUUAGGAACACAACUUGAAUUUGUAUCUUUUAUCGGUAGUGUUUAGCCGGGCUUCUUAAAACUUUGGGUCCAGAGACCCCUUACAGGGGAGAAUUUCUUCCAAGGAUAACCUCAUAAUCCUAACGCCAAUGAACUUAACUACCACGAGUACCCCUUAAUGCAACAGGAAUUUUACACAUUUUUCUUAGUACGUUUACAAAGCAAAGUCAUAUUUUUUUAUAGUAAAUUAUAUUUGGGGUUGUCAAAUUUAUGUGACGAUACAUCACAAUCAUCAGAGCUAAGGUAGGGAGGAGUAAUUGGUUUAUCAUGUUUGUUCUAUUGGCUUUUCUAUUGGCUGCCGGUCCUCAUUCUGAGUUAUAUUCUUUAAAUUGUUCUGACAUAAUAGUUUCAUGCAAGUUAUUUUCCAGACCCCCAAGCUACGCCUUACUGACCCCUAGGGGACCCCAGUGUGAGAAAGACUGGUAGAACAGUGUGGAUGACAAAUGGAAAGCCUUUCAGUUUGUAGUUUCAUCUCAGCAGCUGCGAUUUCACUGAACAUCUCAGUAUUGUGUCUUUAAGUGCCUGGCAAGGAGUAGUAACCGUUUUACUAUGACUGAGCUACUUUCGCGACCCUUUCUGAAAGUUGAUCAUUUUCUAGUUUUUGAUGGUCUGCUAUUGGAGUUGAUUUAUUCGCACUCUGAAUGAAUGGAAUUCUUCAGUCCACUUUUUCUACAUGGAUUUUGUCACCUCCUAGUAGGCAGACACACAAGCCACGUUUCACAAAUCCUUUCUAAGCAACUCAUUUUGGGAGUGUUUUUGAUGUACUUGACUGAAGGGGUGUCGCCAAGGAUUUGGGGCCCCACUACAAUGCUGCAAAUUGAAAAUAUGAUUUUCUAUGGCCCCUGUCAGUCAUGGGCCCUUAAAAUUGUCACCACUUUACUCCCUGGUUAGGGUACGUAUGCACUUAGUUCCCAGUGACCACGGUAGCCAUGAAAUGUAACUGCUGUGGGUUUUUGGCUAUUUUUCCCCCCUCAGUAAGGUUCACGGUAUCGUUGACAGGCCUGAGGGGCUGCUGAGUGUCUGCGGCUCAAAGGUGCUCUACGUUCCGACCACAGAUUUCCACAGAUGUCAGUAUGUUGCCUCCCAGCCCGUCACGUUCUGAUGGUCGUCCCUCACAUUAGCCCAGUCUACGAAUGAAACGUGGACAUUGGGCAGCUUUGGAGCCAGUUUCUGGCCUCGGCAGAGUCAGACAUUCAAAAGAGCUUGUUUUCAACGUAACACAAUUCACACAACAUGUGGCUUAGUUUAAAAAAAAAAAAUAAUAAUAAUAAUAAUAAUCUGUCGGCAAGUGUGAUAUGACGCCGAAAUAUGCUUCCCAUCCCACUACGGACCGCCUUCAAGUUGUGUUCCACCCUAUACAUAGUGUCAGGUUUAGUUGUGCGCACGUUUUUCUACAUCGACGAGGUUCCUCUUCCAAAUCCCGACUUCUUCUUUUCCUUUCGGCUUGUCCCUUUAGGGGUCGCCACAGCGCGUCAUCCUUUUCCAUGUAAGCCUAUCUCCUGCAUCCUCCUCUUGAACACCAACUGCCCUCAUGUCUUCCCUCACGACAUCCAUCAACCUUCUCUUUGGUCUUCCUCUAGCUCUCUUGCCUGGCAGCUCCAUCCUCAUCAUCCUUCUACCAAUAUAUUCACUAUUUCUCCUCUGGAUGUGUCAAAACCAUCGAAGUCUGCUAACUUUUUCUCCAAAACAUUGAACCUUGGCGUUCCCUUUGAUGAGCUCAUUUCUAAUUUUAUCCAACCUGGUUACUCCGAGAGCGAACCUGAAGAUCUUAAUUUCCGCCACCUCCAGCUCUGCUUCCUGUUGUCUCUUCAGUGCCACUGUCUCUAAUCCGUACAUCAUGGCAGGCCUCAUCACUUGUUUAUAAACUUUGCCCUUCAUCUGAACCCGUUUCUUCACUUCCUGACUACACUCACCAUUGCUCUGGACAGUUGACCCCAAGUAUUUAAAGUCCUCCACCCUUGCUAUCUCUUCUCCCUGUAGCCUCACUCUUCCCCCACCACCCCUGUCAUUCAUGCACAUAUAUUCUGUCUUACUUCGGCUAAUCUUCAUUCCUCUGCUUUCCAGUGCAUGCCUCCAUCUUUCUAACUGUUCCUCCACCUGCUCCCUGCUUUCACUGCAGAUCACAAUGUCAUCUGCAAACAUCAUGGUCCACGGGGAUUCCAGUCUAACCUCAUCUGUCAGCCUAUCCAUCCCCACUGCAAAUAGGAAGGGGCUCAGGGCUGAUGCCCGAUGCAGUCCCACCUCCACCUUAAAUUCAUCUGUCACACCUACAGCACACCUCACCACUGUUCUGCUGCCCUCGUACAUGCCCUGUAUUAUUCUAACAUGCUUCUCUGCCGUUCCAGACUUCCGCAUGCAGUACCACAGUUCCUCUCUGGGUACUCUGUCAUAGGCUUUCUCUAGAUCCACAAAGACACAAUGUAGCAAAUAAUGCAUCUGUGGUAUUCUUUCUAGGCAUGAAACCAUACUGUUGCUCGCAAAUACUCACUUAUGUCCUGAGUCUAGCCUCCUACUCUUUCCCAUAACUGUACUGUACUGUGAGGUUCCACCACCAAGUCUCCUUCUCUCAUUUCCUGCCAGAAGAUACACCAAGUACUCUCCUGCCUGCCUCUCUGAUCACCUUGGCUGCAGUGGUCCAGUCUUCUGGAAGCUCCUCCUAUCCACCGAGAGCCUG